UCAGUUACAAUACCAAAAAAGAAAGAUAUUCUCAUAUUAAAUAAAAAAAUUGAAAACUUCCAGAUUAUGAAACAAUUUUGGUUAAACAUAAUACACACUCAAACAGUGAAGUUGGAUUUAGUUCAACUUUAUUUCAACAUCAUACCAAACAUCUUCCCGUAGCAACAGGUUGCCCUCCACUGGCCGAGACGAAGAAGAGUGCAUGCAGAUACGGGAAAAAGGUAAUAAAAAAAAAGAACCACGCCAAACCUGCAGCCCGACCUCCCUGAAGCACUAGCGGAGCCACAGCAGCAGAUCCGACCCGGCAUCGGCAACCAGUUCGAAGAAACACGUCGUCGAAGACGGUCAGACAUUGCGUACGCGGAUUCGCGACUACCUAACCAAACACGCUCAACGAUUUUUGCCGAUCGUCGAUCGUGCAAUUUGCGCGUGCGCAACUUCACAUCUCGCCUCAUCGUGUAUUGAUCUUCGUCAUCAGUAGUGACCGCCAGCGUUUGCUAGUGUUCGUACACUUCAUUCAUUCUUGAUCGCAAGCAACGGGGUUCGUUUCAUUCAUCGCGUUGCUUACUCAUUUCGGAAAACUGCGUGCUCCGGCGUAGUGAUCGCGAAACGUGUACUUGAACGUACGUGAAUCUAUACCUCCGGGAGUUUACCAGUGAUCUCGACGUACACAGUGCAGCAGUGCUUUUGAAGCUGUAGUGUUUUGCGAGUGCUUAGGGUGUGUGUAUGUGCGUGUAGGGUGAAAGAUUUAAUUGAAAAUCAUUCAAUCAGCAAGGUUAUCAUACCGUUUGUGCGCAGUGUGUACGGCCGGAAACGGUCGCCUUCCUUAUCCGAGUUCUAUCGCAAACUUCAAAGCGACGUUAAACUUUGCCCACUUCCUAGCAUUCUUCUCCGUCUUGCUACGGAACACGCCGCGGUAACAAAACAACAAACCCCAGUACGGAAUACGAAAAUGUAUCAUUUAAUGAGAUUUCCUUAAUUUAUGGAUUAGAAAAGUCAAUUGUUCGACGGGAUUGCCUUUUGCAGUCUACACCAGUUUGCCGUUGUAGGCUUUUCGGCGGUUGCGGGGUGCAUUUCCGCCGACCGUGUUUUUGUUCCCCAUUCCGCCAAGGGGUAUCUACCCUCGUCUCAUUUUUCCCCACCUCCCUCCCCGUCCGCGUCGUGCUCAAUCGUUUCGACCGUCUUGUAUCGGAGCGGAGUCGGAAUUUCGAAUGUGUACCGCGUUUCCAUCCGUUUCGCCCGAAACCGUAGGCGCACCAGCGACGAGCAGUGCGGUGAAUGGCGUGCAGCCAUAAAAAUUGUGAAAAGCUCAUUAAAACAAAAGCUUGCCGGCGGUACACAGCGCCACGGAAGCGCUAGUGCCCGGUGUUGGGCACUCCACGCCACCGGUUUCGGCAAAAUCUAAAAACGAAACAUAGUCAACGUACGAGCAAAACGUGCCGCGGUGCGUGCUGCGGACAAACUGAACUAUUCGGUGCUGCGUGCGAUAAAACGCGACUCAAAACCCGCGCACACCCGCAUUACACAGCUCACUCACUCGAAGAUGCUGACGAUGGCACGGAAUCGACGAUCGUGGGGCUUCUCAAUGUGGGAGCUGCCGGUAUCGCAGAUGCUGCCACUGAUACUGCUAGCCGCGGCCAGCUUCACCGUGCGUUCAUGUGACGCUUCUUGUUACUUCCCGUUCGAGUUCCAGGGUGGUUACAUUACCCAGAACACGGUCACACCGGAGGGUGCGGUCAGGUAUAGCCGCAUCAACAUUACGGAGAAUGCGAUCCCACUGUGGGGCAUGUGUCACAAGCGGCGGGAUAACAACGUGAUCCUGAUGACCGGUUCGGAGGAGGCAAGCUGUUACCGCUGCUUUCACCUUAAGCUCGUCUCGAAGAACGUACUCCGGGUGCUGGCGGCCGAUAAAGAUUACCUCUCCAAGUGUCACACGAACGAGGAGAAAGCGCUCGCCUCCUGUCUGACGGACGAGGAUUUGCUUAACGAGGCAAAGAAUACCGAGAUCAUCCUAUACAAAUUCCACGAAUGGGAUGGUGCUGAGGUACGGCAGGAGUACUGUCCCAUCCAUGGCCGUUACCGGAUGACGUACAGUGUCGAUAGCAGCGAUACUACGGAUGGCAUCGAAUGUGAUUCGGUCGAGUCGGAGGUGGAUAACUGCCCGUCCGGGUCAGCGUUAAAUUUGCGCUUCCGCAACUGUGCCUUCCCCGAUCGGGAGGUAACGUUCGAAUGUUUGGGACACUGGCGUGGCUUCGGUAAUCGGAACUAUCUCGCACUGCUCAGUACGGGCAAUGAGUCGCGCCUAGGACCCAAGUAUCGUUGCGCCACCUACACGGAAAACCCGAAGACGGGUGAGAUCGAGAUCUCGUUCAGCCGCGACUCGACCUGCCGGGCGAUCGAGCGCCAGUAUGUGCGUCAUCCAAACUCGCGAUACACUAACGGCAAUGGCAUUGGGAGUGAGUAUCAUCACGAGGUGCUAACGUUGCGCCCGAUUCCACUCGAGUUCGGACCGGUCACACAAUACUGCAGCUUUCCUAGCUGGCUAAUCGGACGCUGGGAGCAUGUGAUCGUCAAUCAGAACCAACUGAUCUACAAAGACCACAACACCUUCAAGACGUACACGAUGAAGUGCGUCAAGAACUACACCAACCACGACUCCAACAAGUACAUCGUCUACAGCCAAACGCAAUGUGGCGAGGAGAUGUACCAGUGUUUAAAAAUCGAACGGCGCGAUACGAAUGUGUUCGAGUUUCAGAUAAGCAACCGCCAAUCGGCCAACUACACCGCCACGAUUUGUAACGAUUUCUACUUCAACGAUGAAGGAUGGUUAACGCAGGGUCGGCUGGAUAGCAAUGAUAUCGUAUCGCCGUGUCCCAUUAUUGGCGAAUUUUCGGGCAUUAUUCCGGACGACGAAGGUCUGUGCGCGAAGCUGUCGUCCGAGUGUGAGUCACAGGACAUUAUGUACUAUCAAAUCUCGGCUUGCGAUUACAUGAACGAAGUGUACGAAGAACGCGAAUAUCGCUGCCUUGGCCAGUGGACACAUCGGAACAUUGUGUACACGUACACCCAGCGACGGGACGUUGGUACGUACGAAUGUUUCGUCGGCACGAUGCUCUCCGAGCGGCAGAUCUUCAUCAAGGAGGCAGGUGAACACUGCCAGCGAGACGUCAAUCCGCACCGGUUCGGCAUGGAGCUGAACAAGGUGGCCCAUUGUACGCAGCCCGAGGUAUUCAAGUCACCGGGCCGGCCCACCCACAAGUACUCGGACGUGCCCCAGCCAACCCAACGUCCGGGCCUGACGAAUGGUGGUAGUGGUGGUGGUGCCGGCGGGCAUACGGGCAUCCUCGCUGGCACCAAUGGUAAUCACUUCCACCAAAGUUCCUCACCGUCCGCGGUGCCCAACUCGACGCCCGCUCCACCGUCCAGCGUUACUACCGGACGCAUCGGUAAUAACGAUGGUAGCCGAGGCGGUAGCACUAGUGACGGUAGCAGUAGUAGCGGUGGAGCUGCCGGUGGCAACAUCUAUCCCCCGUAUAAGACUAAUUCCAAACACGAACCGGCCUCGGUAAAACCGGGCACCGUCGGCUCAACGGCCACGCAUGUACAGUCGCACUAUACCUAUUUAUUGUUAGCAACGUUUAUCUGUGUUAUUCUAGGUUGUAAGAAAAUUAGCUGUUAAACCAAUUACCAAUUGUACACAAAGGACACAAAUUGAAGCAAACAAAAAAACAUCAUGAACAUCAUCCUAUCGAGAGAAGAAAACAAAAUUCAACUCCCUGCUUGUA